AUGUCCCGUCUAACACUUUUGUCAUUAUUGGUCUUUUCGCCCCUGGCGUUGGCCUUUUCAAAUACUGCACCGCUUCUCGCAUGGUCGUCUCACAGUUCGAAUUUCAUUGACCGUCUACCAUCUUCUUCUUCAUCUGUUUCCGGUACCCUACAUUCCAAGAAUGUUUUCGAAACCAUGUUGAUGAACGAUGAUGUCUGUGAUCAUGAAGCGGUAAUUCUGGUGCACCAACCUGGUCUCCACGUCUCAGACCUGCGCAAACUUCCCAAGACCUCACACAUUGCUCGCUCGAUAUCCGCUGCGUCUUCUUCCCGGCAAUACGCUUAUGUUCCUGCCAUGUUUACUUCCGGUGAAAAUGAACAUCAUCUUGAAUUCGCGCAAUCCGUAUCUCAGAAAUGUCACGCAAGGCUAAUCAACAUCUUGGCCGGGCAAGGCGGUGAUGUCGAUUUCCAAGCAGGUGGUCAAAAAUCAGUUGUAGUUGUUAACUUGCCGGGUGUCGAGGGAUCUCAGAGCGAAAGUCGUAUAAAUGGUAUGGUUGAACACGACGCGCUCUUGUUCACCACCCUGGACGCCUUGCCCUUCUCGAACCUUGUCGUCAUCUACACCGGUACCCCUCCCAUGCACUCGAAGCGUCAGGAAGAUCUCAACGUUUCCGCUCCUGCCCGACCAGUGCUCGAUCUGACCCAGAAUGAGGCCGCUUCUUCGUCACCGUCCAUCCUAGCGAAGAAAAACAAAGGUGGUAUCCUGCACAACUACCAGCUCCUCACCCCGGGGCUUAUUAUGGUAUUGUUGAUGGUGCUGUUCAUCUUCUUACCCGUGCUCUACUUUGGCAUCUCCGCGAUGGCUAGUAUUCAAAGUCCCCUGAGGCUUGAUUCAAUGCCGAAGGGGUACAAUGCUAAUGAGAGGAAGAAUCAGUGA